GGGGUCCGGGAGCGCCCCCGGUCCAGCGGGUCCAGUGGGAGCGAUGCUUGGCCGCAGGGCCCGCCCUCCAGCGGGCCCCGGCGGGCCGGCGUAGGCUGGGCUGCGCGCUGCGGUGGGAGGGGAGCACUCCACGGAGUCCCUGAACGCCCGCCAGUCCCUCCUGCAGCCUGCCUGCUGGGCAGGGCCAGCCAGGCCUGGACAUGGAGUCCUACGACAUCAUCGCCAACCAACCGGUGGUCAUUGAUAACGGUUCAGGGGUGAUCAAGGCUGGCUUCGCUGGAGACCAGAUUCCCAAAUAUUGUUUCCCAAACUAUGUGGGGCGACCUAAGCACAUGCGGGUGAUGGCUGGCGCCCUGGAAGGGGACCUCUUCAUCGGACCCAAAGCAGAGGAGCAUCGGGGGCUGUUGGCCAUCCGCUACCCCAUGGAGCAUGGCAUGGUGCGAGACUGGAAUGACAUGGAGCGCAUCUGGCAGUACGUGUACUCCAAGGACCAGCUGCAGACCUUCUCCGAGGAGCAUCCUGUCCUGCUAACAGAGGCCCCGCUGAACCCCAGUAAGAACCGGGAGAAGGCAGCGGAGGUAUUCUUUGAGACCUUCAAUGUGCCGGCUCUGUUCAUCUCCAUGCAGGCCGUGCUCAGUCUGUACGCCACAGGCCGCACAACGGGAGUGGUUUUAGACUCAGGGGAUGGGGUCACUCACGCCGUGCCCAUCUACGAGGGUUUUGCCAUGCCGCAUUCCAUCAUGCGGGUAGACAUUGCCGGCCGUGACGUGUCCCGCUACCUGCGACUACUACUACGCAAGGAAGGAGCCGACUUUCACACCUCAGCUGAGUUUGAGAUUGUACGGACCAUCAAAGAGCGAGCGUGUUACCUCUCCAUCAACCCACAGAAGGAUGAGGCUCUGGAGACAGAGAAGGUGCAGUACACCUUGCCAGAUGGCAGCACUCUGGAUGUAGGGCCUGCACGCUUCCGGGCUCCCGAGCUGCUGUUCCAGCCGGACCUGGUGGGAGAUGAGAGCGAAGGGCUCCACGAGGUGCUGGCCUUCGCCAUCCACAAGUCUGACCUGGACCUUCGCCGGACACUGUUUGCCAAUAUCGUGCUUUCAGGUGGCUCAACACUUUUCAAAGGCUUUGGCGACCGAUUACUAAGUGAGGUGAAGAGGCUUGCCCCAAAGGACAUCAAAAUCAAGAUCUCAGCCCCGCAGGAACGGCUGUAUUCCACAUGGAUCGGUGGCUCCAUCCUGGCUUCGCUGGACACAUUUAAGAAGAUGUGGGUAUCCAAAAAGGAAUACGAAGAGGAUGGCUCCCGUGCUAUCCACCGCAAAACAUUCUAGCAUCCUGGAAGGAUAGAGUGUUGGGAGAAGACUUCAAGCAAAGGGGUAGAGCCAGGAAUGGUUUUUGGUCUGGGCUCCUAUCUAGGUUGAGGGUUCCUUGCAUGUCCAGAACCUGGGAUGGUGCUGUAGCUAUGCUCCCCUGCAAAUGCGCAUAUGCGUGCACACACAUGCACAAACACAUACACACACAGAGUAAUGUUUAGCUGCAUGGAUGGAAGUCGUCACUGGAACAUAGCAACUGGGGAGCCUAGUGUUGGGCUGGUGUGUCUUCCUUCACAGGGCCUAUUAAUUAAGCCUGUGGUUCCUUGCUCUAAUUCUUGGGGUGCUUCACUGAACUCCAAGGCCAAAUAGCCAAACAU